GAGGGUCCGCACAGUGUGAUAGCAGACGACGAGUUCUACGAUGCCGUCGAGUCUGGUCUUGAUAAAAUGGAGGAAGAGCAGGAGCUACGAGAAAGGCUCAAGGCCGGAAAGGCAAUUCCGGAUACGCCGCCACCUACAUCACCCGCAGGCCAACAUCGCCUUUGGCCCGAGAUAGACACACUAGUAAAGCAGCAGGUGUCCAUGGCCCGUUUAGGAGUCGGAGAGUGCGGCGCCGGAUGGCAACUGUUUGCCGAAGACGGUGAAAUGAGGAUGUACAGGAGGGAGGAAGAAGUCGACGGUAUGGUCGUCGAUCCUCUCAAAGCCGUGCACACGGUCAAAGGGAUUACCGGGCACGAGCUUUGUCACUACUUCUUCAAACCUGAGUACAGAUACGACUGGGAAACAACUUUGGAAAAUAUGCAGGUUUUAGAAACGAUAUCGGAUGAUACGCUGCUCUUCUUCCAGACACACAAGAGGAUUUGGCCUGCCAGCCAAAGAGAUACCCUGUUCUGGUCACAUAUGCGACGACUACCCAACGAUCAGGACCGUGAUGGUCCGGAUAUAUGGGCUGUCGUCAAUAAUUCCACAGAUCUCGCCAGUUAUCCCCCCAACACGGGUAAAUGUGUGAGGAUAUUCCUGACUGUAUGUUUGCUUUGUCAGACUAGGAUAGAUCCACCUAAAGACGGGGCUCCCAUAUCCAGAGAUAACAUUACUUGUAAAAUUACUUACUGUUCAGUUGUGAAUCCUGGUGGAUGGGCACCGGCUUCGGUGCUGAGGGCCGUCUACAAACGCGAGUAUCCGAAAUUCCUGAAACGCUUCACGGCCUUCGUUACAAACAAAACGAAAGAUAAGCCAAUCAUGUUCUAGCACCAUUGGUCCGUGUGUUUCUAAAGGAAAGUAAGAAGAUUGAAAAAAAGAAAACAGAACAGAAAGAAGGAAAAAGGAAACUGCAAAU